GGCUGCAGCGCGCUCCCGUGUCUGUGACUCGGCUGAUAAAAGGAAAGAAAGUGUCUAAACAGACAGAAAAACUCUUUGAUUGAUCCAAAGAUGGCGUUUAUUAAAGAGGAGAGUAAAGACAUGAAGAUUGAAGAAACAUUCAGAGUCAAACAUCAAGAAACUGAGGAACAAACAGACCUGAUGGCGCUGAAAGAGGAGAGUCAAGAACUGAAUGAAACCGAAGAGAAAUGGCAUGAUUUCAAACCUGGAGAAAAAUUGAUUGGUUGCUCACAGAAUGAAAAUAAUUCAACACCAAAAAAAGCUAAAAAAACAAAAACUGCAAACCAAAUUUCCCAGAUGAGAAUUCACACUGGAGAGAAACCUUUCACCUGCACACAGAGUGGAGAGAUUUUCAGUCAAAAAGAAAGCCGUAAAGUCCACAUGAAAAUUCACAUUGAAAAGAAACGGUUCAUAUGCUGUCAGUGUGGAAAGAGUUUUACACGGGAAAGUCACCUUAACACCCACAUGAGAAAUCAUACUGGAGAAAGACCAUUCACCUGCAAACUGUGUGGGAACAGUUUCACACAAAAUGGACAUCUCAAGACUCACAUGACAGUACACACUGGAGAGAGACCACACAUAUGUAUUCAGUGUGGAAAGUGUUUUACACAGAAAAAAAACCUUAAGGUGCACAUGAGAAUUCACACUGGAGAGAAGCCUUACACCUGCAAACUGUGUGGGAUGAGUUUCAUACGAGUUGGAGUUCUUAAGAAUCACAUGAGAGUUCAUACUGGAGUGAAACCUUACACCUGCAAAGAGUGUGGAAAGAGUUUCACACGUCAAGAAAACAUUAAAUAUCACAUGAGAAUUCACACUGGAGAGAGACCCUUCAUAUGUGUUCUGUGUGGAAAGAGUUUGAAAUAUAAAGAGAGUCUUAAGUAUCACAUGAGAAUUCAUACAAGAGAGAACGGUUUUAAAUGUCAUCAGUGCGAAAGGAGAUUCACAGAAACGAAUCACCUUCAGGAUCAUGUUCAAAUUCACAUCGGAGAAAAACCUUUCAUGUGCCAUCUCUGUGGAAAGAGUUACUCAAGAGAAGAUAACCUUAAGGUUCACUUGAGAGUUCACACAGGAGAGAAACCUUUUACUUGCCCUCAGUGUGGAAAGUGUUUCACAGCAAAAAGGAAUCUUAAGAUGCAUGAGAAUUUACACAGGAGAGAGAUACAUACACAUUUCUAAGCAAACGGAAACAU